AUGUCAUUCAUUGCAUGCAGAUGGAGACAAGCAGCUGAUUCAUUACAAGCCAAGGACCCAGACAUCAAGUGGCACUGGAGAAAUUUAAAUACACAUGUCAACCUCAGCCCCAACUAUCCAGUAGAAAAUGAUCCGCUGCAAGUGAAGGUGGACGAUGACAUAGGAAUCGUCCCACGUCCAGUUGGCCAUGGAUGGAAUUUAUUUGGUCUCCCUGGAGACAGCUCUCCUCCCAGCCGCUUUAUUAGACUUUUCUAUUUGCGCGGAUAUGCCAUGACAACAAAUCCUCCCAAGAGCUUCGACGACGCUGCUGUUUUGGGAACUGCUCUUCUCAACAAUGUGUUCAUACCGCUUGGUACAGUGGCGGCAGAUCCAAAGAAAAAGAGCGAUGGACCAGAGCUUACAGACUACGCUGUCCUGAAGAGUGCACAGGACCGUGUGAUGCUGAUUCGAGGUUAUAGAAAUUCGCAAUGGCGGAAGAUUGAUCUAAAGCGACUGGACUUCUCACAAGCCCGCACAUGGCCUUUGGAAGAUGGAUCGCUAGGGAUUCAGGACAUUACAGAUGCAGGUGCCAGCUCAGUCCCUGGCAGAGCCUUCUGGCUCUCGGUGGAGAAAAGCGAGGAAGAGUUGCGAGAGAAAAGACGGGAGAUGGGCCCUGCUCCAUUCCUAGCUCUUCGCUAUGAGUACGACAACUCGGCCAAAUGGGAUCCUGAAAACAGGCAGAAGACCAAAAGCCCAGAGGAAGCCGAGCGCAUCCUGAGAAUCACUGGUAGAUUACCACGGCCACUGCGGUUGAGCGAUGUGAAGCUUGGAGCUCCUCCUUUGAGGAAAACGAUUGUGGCCACGGCCAAGGAGAGAAGGGCAGCUGCAGAGAUGGCUGGGAUCUACUCUGUUAGCAGGCUUCAAGCUAGGCUUUUACUUCAUCGAGAGCUCCACCCAGUUUGGGGGCAUGAACGGGUGAUGAUCUAUGGCAGCAUGGUCUCCGAGUAUAUGAUGCCAGACGUUUUCACCAAUGAUCCAAUUGAGGUGUCUGUUCCUCUGAAGUUCAAAGCAGCCUUCAGAGAAGAUGCGGUAGGGACAUCAUGGGCAGCGCCAGUGAACGUAUCCCUGUUUGGGGAAAGCGGCUGCCCAGACACCAUCGGAUUCAUUUUUGGAGCACUGGCAACAGCUGAGCAGGCCAAGGGUGUUGCCGACAUCAUCAGUGUUGACUGGACACCCUUUGGCAAUGCAUACUUCAUCACCAAGGAGUGCGGAGGUGUGCCUGCACCGCCAGGCUGUGGCACAAGCACCUCAUGUCGGUACAGCAGCACCACGAGAAGCUGCUACUUUAAACAUUGUGGCCUUGGAGGGGAUCCUUUUCCUGACUGUUAUGGUCCUGGCCAAUUGCACUGCCAACAUGGGAGCGUCGAAUGCUUUGCGAACCGCAUCGAGGCUUGUGCGAAAGUGCGCGACCCAUCAGGCAAUUGGGAGAUCUCUCGAUGUAUUGAGAAGGCUUUCUACAUGGGAAAGCUGCAGAAUGGCAAAUCCAGCUUUGCGGAUGUUACAGCGGUAGCAGAAAGAUGUGGUGCUUCUUCAAGCCUGCUUAAUUGGUGCACAGAACAUGGCGACGACGCUGUCAUAGCCAUGGCAAAAGCCACACCUCCUCAUCCAGGCGUUCCAUACGUGCUUGUGGAUGGGCGGGUGCUCUCUGAUGAGAACGACUUGCUGAAUGCUGUUUGCCAAGCCUACCAAGGACCAAAGCCAGCUGGCUGCCCCAUGGCCCUCAUUUGA